GUUGGCCAUGGUUUAGUUUGUGCCUUGCUUUCUUUCCAGAAUUACCUACCCACCAAGCAGGACAUCCUUCUGUCUCGGAGAGCAACCAAGGGAAUUGUUGAGUAUGACUUUCUCAUCAAGGGCAUCCCUUUCAGGAUGAUGGAUGUGGGCGGACAGCGCUCCCAGAGGCAAAAGUGGUUCCUGUGCUUUGAAGGCAUCACCUCCAUCUUGUUCAUGGUGUCGUCCAGUGAGUUUGACCAGGUCCUGAUGGAGGACCGGCGAACCAACCGCCUGGUGGAGUCGAUGAACAUCUUCGAGACGAUUGUGAAUAACAAGCUCUUUGCCAGGGUCUCCAUUAUCCUCUUCCUGAACAAGACCGACCUGCUGGAGGCCAAGGUGAAGACGGUCAACAUCGAGAAGCACUUCCCGGACUUUGAGGGGCGGCCCCACCACCUGGAGGAUGUCCAGAAGUACCUCCUGUCAUGCUUCAACCGCAAACGGAGAGAUCGCAGCCGACCUCUCUUCCACCACUUCACCACCGCCAUCGACACAGAGAACAUCCGCUUCGUCUUCCACGCUGUCAAGGACACUGUUCUCCAGGAGAACCUGAAUGACAUCAUGCUACAGUGACGUGAGGAACCAUCUGUGUGCCUCAUGGGCCAGGGUCACGCCGAGGUUGCACAGAGGUCAAGAGGACGUGACCUUAAGCCCACACACAUGGAGGUAACUGACAAUGAGAGAUGAGGAGCAGGAUCAAGGCAACGCUGUAUUUAAUAUUUAAGACAUUCUCUCCCUGACAUUUGGGAUCCUGUUGAAAAUUCAGAUCGAUUUCGCCGUCCGGCCUGGCCCUGGUGAUUUAGUGCUUAUUCCUUUUGGAUUCCACACCCACCUCCAUUUUUGUCUUCGCUUCCCACCAAAUCCCCACCACAACAUUGGCUCAGCUACUGAACAAUUCCUCAGUCAGGCCACGUGCCAGUCUUUCUAGGAGUGUGAACCUGGGCAGUGGGUGUCAGUGGACUAUUGAACUGAGGGAAGCAUCACCAGACUUCCACCCACCAGGGAAAGGCAGUCACUCGAUAGCACCAAGGUCCAAUAACCCUGAAAGAUUACUUUCCAGUUCCAUUCCCAUCUCAAGCCAACGGAAAUUUGAGGUGUUUUGACCAUCAAGGGAGUCAAAGGCAUACAAAGAGAAGCAGAGUCAACAAUCAGAUUGGCUAUGAUGGAGUCAUUGAGUCAAACAGCAUGGAAACAGACCCUUCGGUCCAUCUAGUCCAUGCGGACAAUAAUCCCAAACUAAACUAGUCCCACCUGCCUGCACUUAAUCC